AAACUGACGUGGACGAGAUACAAAAUGUAAACAUCACCUCAAAGGUGUAAAUAUAUUCAGUAUGGGUGAGGGCACAAAGAAGGGAGGGAGAAUAUUCGUUUACCUACAAUGUUAUUUUGUUACAAUAGCCACAAUACUGGGUACUGGAAUAUUAGGUCUUCCAGUUACAUUGAGUGAAUCCGGUAUCUAUCCCUUCUUGGUGUCUUUCCUUUUUGGUGCUUUUAUGCAGGUGCUGACUGUCUAUUUUUUCACAGAGCUUCUCCAGCUGGCACAUGCAUCCCAGACUCAAACUCAAAAGGAGGAGUUAGUUCCCCUGAAUGAUCUUUUGGCUGAUGAGACAUGUGAUGAAUUAGAAGAGGAGGAUGAAACCAGUGGAUCGGUGUUGGCUGGUCAUGUGAUCUUACCCAAACAAGACAGUGCCAGACCCCCAAAUUUACACCUGCUGGGAGAGCUGUUCCUCGGAUGUGGACUCCUGCAGGCCUUUGAUAUCACUCUAGUUCUACAGUUUGUUGCUCUCUUAAUCAGCUACUCCCUGGCAGGAAGUGAAGCCUAUGCUCAGGUCUUAGGAGUCAAUUACAUUUAUGUGAUCCCUGUGUUUGUCUGGGUUCUCACUUUUCUCAUCAUCUUCGCUCUACAACUAGUACAGCCUGUGGUCUCUAUUCUAACAUUCUUCAAAGGAUCACUUCUCCUAGGAACAGUAGGAGUUACAUUUUAUGUUGGUGCAGAGAUACACAGAGAAAUUCACAAUGAUUUCUCAGCCUUUGGAGGACCAUUUUUAAUGGGAACUGUAGCUCUUGGUGGUGUUGUGAACACUAUGCCUCUAAUGUACAGCAAGAUAAGUCCAGUGAAAAACCAGAUCCAAAACUUCAGAUUCUCAGUCAACCUAGGCCUCAUCACAUGUACCAUUCUUAAUAUAUUAUGGUGUUGGGCAGUGCUGGACAUUGUUCCCCAGUUGUCCACCUUCCCGUGUCCUUCACAUUCCAGCCAUAUUCAGGGAACAUCUUGUCACAGCAACAUCUCUUUACAGAGGUCAGCAAGUGAUGGGGAGAUCUCCACUAUUCCAUUGACUGAGAUUAUUAAGGAGCGUUACCCCUCUUUUGCCUGGGUUGCUUUUCUUGUUGAGCUCUUCAUUAUGGUCAGCAUCACGGUCUCGUUCCUCACAGUAGGAGCCGUCCUCCAUCAUACACUAUUAGGGUGGCUUGAAUCUGCCUGGAAAAAAGAUAAACUGACAGAAUAUAGAACACAGAAGAAGGUUAGGUGUAUCAAUGCCAAAUGCUUUUGCAGCUCUGUUAUCUCCUUUGUAGUAUUUUCCAUUGUUUUUGGUAUCUCAAUGUUAGACCCUCAGGGAUUUGUUGAAAUAUUGGAAAAAUUCUCCUCCUUUACUAUCAAUAUAGAAGUGGCCUUAUUUAUAUUUUUAAUGUGCCUUAAUGCCAGGAGAAAAGAAAAUCUGAAACAGCAGAUCCCUUUACCGAUUCCAUCCCUCUUUGGAUAUUUAUUGUACUUGAUUCCGUUGUACUUUGGCUUCGCUGUGAUAUACGAUGUGGGGUUAUCUAUAUAUGGUAUUGUGAAAGAACACUCAUCCCCAGACGACCAUCAGAACUCGAACCAGACUUCUGGUUUCCCUUUUACAUCUGUGGUGACUACGCCUGCAAUGCUUAAUCUGUCUACAAUCACACAUGUACCAUUAGUUACUUCUACAAGUAUAGCAGAAUAUAUAAAAAAUGUGUUCAAUAAUUCAGGAAUCUGAGGCACUUUGUUAAGGUUUAAAUUGUUCCCUCUCUAGUCUGAAAUUAAUAAUGUCUUUUAAAUGUGUAUUGAUACUGGAAGCUUAUAAUGUACCUGUUUAUAAAUAUGGUGUAUAAAUCAUGAUUUGUAUUAUUUACUACUACAUUGUAGUUAAAUAUAUUGCUUUGAAAUGGAAAAUAUAAUUUAUAUAUGAUAUCAGCAAUACUACAAUUUCCACUUAACCUUUAUAAUACAGAAGAUCUACACAAUACAAUUAAGGGCUUAAUAAACAUGAAAGAUACUUUUUUUUUUAAAUUAUGAAAUAAGUGUAAAUCUGUGUAUCUGUACAUUCCUUCCUCUACACAAACGUAGUGCUUCCUGAAUUUUCUAUUAAUUAUUGCCUCUUACAUGGAUGGUAACUUAAUUAACAGAAGAUUAAUAACUUUUUUGAUCAAAGUUUCCCUGUUGUUGAUCUGUGUAGUGGACUGGUGUGUCCAUCUGCUAAAUAAGGUAACCUCAACUUCCUUAGAAGUUUAACAUCUUUCUCAAGUAUAAAUUUUAUCCAAACAGUAUGGAGAUUUAAGUAUCAGCAAAUAUAGAGCUAGCUGGAAAAUCUAUUCUCCUUGGAACAAGCUUAUAAACUAACUUAUAAAUAAUAACAUGCUACAUAAUAUCAAAUAUUUAUAAUUGUUUUUAACAGAUGAUUUCAGGGCAAAGUGUAGGGUGCCAUGUGAGUCCAUAAUUUCUUACAAAUGUAAAUCUGACCAAAUCAAGUAAUUCAGUGUUUUUUUCCUUUAGCAGGGAACACAGAUUCUCUGAAUUAGCUUGAUGUUAUUUGUACUUGAUUUCUCCUAGUGUCAAAUUCACUUUACAUGUAUUUGCACUCACAAAAAAGGAAAUUCAAGAAAUACCUUGUAUAUUGAAUAAUUUGUAUGUUACAACUGGUCUUUAUACCUAUACAUACCUUUGUACAGAUUCAAAGUGCACAAACAGUUAGGUGCCAAAGCAGUAAAUUUUUCCUUAGGGCCAUCAGACCCAAUAAUCUCAUAAAAAAUGAAGAAAACAUUUCAGCAAACAUCAAACCAGACAAUAUAUACAUGUAUGUACAUGUCUAAUAUAGGUUGUGGGUGGAGUAGCUGCAGAACUGUAGCUCCAUCUCUGCUUAAGAAUAUUUGGAUAAAGAUUUUCUCAAGCAGAGAGCAGCUCUGUAGCUAUGUGUGGAGUAACUUUAUCUAUUUCUCUUUUUUCACGGCAAUUACACUCAGGUGAGCAAUUUAACUUGAGGGCCUCUUUGUGUUGUACUUAUAAGAAAUGUAUGUACAUAAUAAUUUAAUUUUUAAAUACAUGUAAAUGUACUGUUGAAUUGACUUAAGUACAAAGGGUACAAGAUAUUUACUUUCUAUUAAUAU